AUGCCUCCAGUCAACCAUCUCAUCUCUUUGAAAACACCUACAGAAUUCCCCACCUUACAAGGUCUGUGCCGGUACGGGUCGGCCAUCCUCCUUGCUCACAGUGGCGAGCUGAAGUAUUUAUGCGUUAAUCCCCUGCUUGUACAGAGGGAGCUCUACUGGUCCAGCGUAGGCGUCCUUGAGGCGAAUGUCGACAUUGAGGCUGCAGCAACUCGCCUUGUGCUACUCAGCAACAAGAUCAGAGAUUCCACAACUACCACUAGCGAUGAUGCGCUCAAGCGACUUUGCGAAUCGUGCAGCUCAACUGCCGACGAACUUCUUGCCGCGCUAAAUACAGUAAAGGCUGAGGGCAAGAAAGACAAAUGGGAAAGCAUUAGGAAGGCUCUGCGGAGCGUGGAGGAAGUUUCAAAACUCACGCUGGCUCAUCUGAAACGUUACAAUCAUCUUAAUAUGGCGACUCGAGGGAUACUUGAUGCUAUUCUAAAGCACCAAGAUGUGUUUGAAGCAGUAUAUGAGACACAGGCUGCUACGAUAAGAGCAUCGCAUAACGAAGUCGUAUCAAGACUGGAAACCGAACACACGACUGCUCGCCUCGAUGUGAUUAGAGAAACGGCAUUGAUCAUUAAAGACGAGCAUGUGAGGACUCGCAAUGUACUCCAGGAAAUACAACUUAUCCUGCAGCAUAUACUAGUACCUUUGACCAUAUUGUUGGCUCUGGUGUCACGACUCUAUGCUUCCAGCCAGCAAAUAUACAAUGUUUUACUGGAGAUGAGAUUAACACGCUUCGUAGACACACGGUGGAGAUUUUUCUAA